AUGUCCGGCAUUCUCACUCUCAACGUAGCAGAACUCAAUAUCUCUACAUCUACUAGUCUCACUCUCAACGUAGCAGAACUCAAUAUCUCUACAUCUACUAGUCUCACUCUCAACGUAGCAGAACUCAAUAUCUCUACAUCUACUAGCCUCACUCUCAGUGUAACAGAACUCAAUAUCUCUACAUCUACUAGUCUCACUCUCAACGUAGCAGAACUCAAUAUCUCUACAUCUACUAGCCUCACUCUCAACAUAGCAGAACUCAAUAUCUCUACAUCUACUAGCCUCACUCUCAACGUAACAGAACUCAAUAUCUCUACAUCUACUAGCCUCACUCUCAACGUAACAGAACUCAAUAUCUCUACAUCUACUAGCCUCACUCUCAACGUAGCAGAACUCAAUAUCUCUACAUCUACUAAACUCAAUAUCUCUACAUCUACUAACCUCACUCUCAGUGUAACAGAACUCAAUAUCUCUACAUCUACUAGCCUCACUCUCAACGUAACAGAACUCAAUAUCUCUACAUCUACUAACCUCACUCUCAACGUAACAGAACUCAAUAUCUCUACAUCUACUAGCCUCACUCUCAGUGUAACAGAACUCAAUAUCUCUACAUCUACUAGCCUCACUCUCAGUGUAACAGAACUCAAUAUCUCUACAUCUACUAGCCUCACUCUCAGUGUAACAGAACUCAAUAUCUCUACAUCUACUAGCCUCACUCUCAGUGUAACAGAACUCAAUAUCUCUACAUCUACUAGCCUCACUCUCAGUGUAACAGAACUCAAUAUCUCUACAUCUACUAGCCUCACUCUCAACGUAACAGAACUCAAUAUCUCUACAUCUACUAGCCUCACUCUCAGUGUAACAGAACUCAAUAUCUCUACAUCUACUAGCCUCACUCUCAACGUAGCAGAACUCAAUAUCUCUACAUCUACUAGCCUCACUCUCAACGUAGCAGAAUUCAAUAUCUCUACAUCUACUAACCUCACUCUCAACGUAACAGAACUCAAUAUCUCUACAUCUACUAACCUCACUCUCAACGUAACAGAACUCAAUAUCUCUACAUCUACUAGCCUCACUCUCAACGUAACAGAACUCUAUAUCUCUACAUCUACUAGCCUCACUCUCAACGUAGCAGAACUCUAUAUCUCUACAUCUACUAGCCUCACUCUCAGUGUAACAGAACUCAAUAUCUCUACAUCUACUAGCCUCACUCUCAGUGUAACAGAACUCAAUAUCUCUACAUCUACUAGCCUCACUCUCAGUGUAACAGAACUCAAUAUCUCUACAUCUACUAGCCUCACUCUCAGUGUAACAGAACUCAAUAUCUCUACAUCUACUAGCCUCACUCUCAGUGUAACAGAACUCUAUAUCUCUACAUCUACUAGCCUCACUCUCAGUGUAACAGAACUCAAUAUCUCUACAUCUACUAGCCUCACUCUCAGUGUAACAGAACUCAAUAUCUCUACAUCUACUAGCCUCAAAAUCAACGUAGCAGAACUCUAUGGCUAUAUGUCUACUAGAUUAUCUCUAAACUUGUAA